AUGGUUUCUACCCACAGCAGAGCAGGAGUUAACAAGCAAGUUGAAGCUGGCCCCUCAGGACCUACUAACAUCACUCCAGAUCUGGCCGUCAUCCUAGAUAGUCAAGCCAAGAUGCAACUGGAGCUGGUUGACUUGAAGAAGCGCAAUGCUGAUGAGAUGGAAGCACUGCGACAGGAGAAUUCUCGCCUAAGGCGAAAGAUCGAAGCCGAUCCUACUCAAAAGGGAAAGGCCAAGGAAACAUCUGAUGUCGCAGGAUCCCCAGCUUUCCAACCUACAAAAGAGGAAAGCGAGUACAAUCCUACCCCGCACACCUUCACCACCACCCAACAAACUCCCAUCCUCUCAACCCAUCCUACUCACUUCCACUCCACCCUCCCGGGAAAUACUACAGCUCCCACCCCCGCUGCCACCCUGCUCACCACUCAUAUCCCACCUUACAACAUGCCCAUCACUCUACACACCACUCAUAUCACCGCCACAGAUCACACCGUAACCGCCGCGCUAGUUCAAGAUGUCAGCGGCACCCAACAUCCUAUUUACUUCGUCAGCAGAACCCUGCAAGACCCCAAAACCAGGUACCAGAUGGUGGAAAAGUUGGGCCUAUCCCUGGUACACGCAGCCCGCCUACGCCCAUACUUCCAAAAUCAUAACAUCAUCGUCAAAACUGACUACCCAAUUCAGAAGAUAUUGCAGAAACCAGACCUUGCGGGGCGGAUGUUGUCUUGGGCCGUUGAGCUAUUCGAAUUCAACAUCCACUACAAACUUGACGGCCCCAUCAAAGCUCAAUGCCUUCUAGACUUUGUCAACGAUCUCCAACAAACUCCUGAAAAGGACCAGUGGACACUUUAUGUUGAUGGUUCGUCAAUCCUGAAGGGGGCAGGUGUUGGCAUCGUGCUAGAAGGCCCCAAUGACAUCCUCAUCGAAAAAUCCCUCCAUUUCGCCUUCAAGACAUCUAACAACCAAGCCGAAUAUGAAGCCAUCCUCGCCAGCUUAUCCCUGGCCCGCGAGGUUGGUGUCAAAUCCAAAAACGUUAGAGCCGACAUAUUAUCCAAACUAGCCAACACCAAGUUAAAAGGCCGCCAUCGAUCACUAUUACAACAAACACUGUCCGCCCCUUCCAUCACAAAUACUUGCCAUAACCUAACCCAACACCAAGCCGACAAUUGGACAACCCUUUACAUCCAGUACCUCCAAACCGGUAACCCUCCACCUAACGCUAACAGAACUUGGAUAACUAAAGCCGCCAGGUACACGAGUAUAGGCGAUGAUCUGUAUAAACGCGGAUACGACCAACCACUUCUCAAAUGCGUUACGACAGAACAAGCUCGGUACAUAAUUAAAGAAUUACAUGAGGGCAUAUGUGGCUAUCAUUCCGGCGCACGCACCAUGACUACCAGAAUCCUUUGCGUCGGUUACUUCUUGCCAACCAUGGAGGCAGACUACCAAGACUUCGUCAAAAAAUGCAUACCAUGCCAGAAGCAUGGCAACCUUAUCCACCAGAAACAAGAGCAGCUUCACUUUAUACUAUCCCCGUGGCCUUUCACAAAGUGUGGAAUAGACAUCCUCGGCCCUUUCUCCCCCGGCAAAGGUCAAGUAAAGUUCUUAAUAGUAGCCGUCGACUACUUCACCAAGUGGAUAGAGACCAAACCCUUAGCCACCAUUACUGCCCAGCAAGUCCAAUAA